AUGAGGCGUCUAGGAUUUCACAACUUGAAUCAACAAAGAACAAGGAAGAUAAUUACUUCUUCUUCUUCUUCUUCUUCUUCUUCAACUCUUCUUCCUCAUCUUACAUCAUCAUGUCAAGAAACCAUUCUCUCACCACAAGAUCCAAAACCCAAAACAGAUCUUCCAAGCAGUUUCAGCUUCUUGCGAGAAACAAAGCCAUCCAUUUCUUGCCCAAGGAAUCAAGUUACAGAUUCAGUGAACAGAAUUCAACUCCGAGAUGGGAGAUUCCUAGCUUAUAAAGAGAGAGGUGUUCCAAAGAAUGAAGCCAAGUACAAGAUUAUUCUUAUUCAUGGGUUUGGAAGCUCCAAAGAGAUGCACUUCUCUGCUUCAAAAGAGUUGAUAGAAGAGCUAGGUGUAUAUUUUCUGCUCUACGACCGAGCUGGAUAUGGAGAUUCUGAUCCAAACCCGGAACGUUCGUUGCAAAGCGAAGCACUUGACAUAGAAGAACUUGCUCAUAAGUUGCAGAUAGGACCCAAGUUUUACUUAAUUGGAGUUUCCAUGGGAUCAUAUCCUACGUGGAGUUGCCUUAAACACAUACCUCACAGGCUAGCUGGAGUGGCGUUUAUAGCUCCGGUGGUAAACUAUGGGUGGCCGUCGCUUUCUAAGAAGCUUAUAAAGAAAGACUACAGGAGAGGGCUUAUAAAGUGGUGUUUUCGGAUAUCAAAAUAUGCACCUGGUCUGUUACAUUGGUGGAUCAGUCAGAAACUCUUCCCAUCAACUACUUCAGUCCUUGAAAGCAAUCAACUCUAUUUCAACAGCAGUGACAUUGAGGUACUCAAGAGAACCACCGGUUUUCCUAUGCUUACUAAGGAUAAACUACGGGAAAGGAGUGUAUUUGAUACUCUAAAAGACGAUUUCUUGGCGGGGUUCGGGCAAUGGGACUUUGAUCCAGCUGAUGUAAGGAUGAGUGGAGAGAGCUCUGUACAUAUAUGGCAUGGAAAGGAAGACAAGGUGGUUCCGUUUCAACUUCAUAGAUGCAUCUUGAAUAAGCUGCCUUGGAUCAAAUAUCAUGAAAUACCUCAAGGGGGACAUUUGAUCGUACAUUAUGAUGGUACUUGCGAUGCGGUUCUAAGGGCGUUAUUGCUCGGGGAAAAUCAAAAGUUGUAUCAACCCCAACACAACUCUUAGAACUCUCUUGUGCUUCGAGACAUUUACGAUUUUAAAUUGUUAACUAGCAAUUUGUCAUUUAAGAACUAUCAUAUGAAACGUUGGUUGUGUUUGGAGACCCUUACGAUUCAAUUUAAAU